AUGGAACCCCGACCAAGAGCUUCUCUGGCCAAACUUGAUACCGAGAUGGCACCUUUACAAGGCCUCUCGCCAUUUCGCCUGACUCACUGCAUGAACGAAGGCCAGAUGACACCACCAGCUUCUCCGUCUCUGCCUCAAGCCCGUCAUGGGCCGAAAUUGCAACUAUCCAAUCUCUUCCGACGGUCCAAAUCUAUCAUAUCAAAACCUGUGGGAUAUCAUGACCGACCACGAACCACGACAAUCCGUCCAUCUGUGGUGGAGAUGAAGGCUCCUUUCCCACUUCUUCUUCCCGAUUGUCCUUCCGUCACGGAAACUAGCCCUUCCAUCCCGAACGCAUCUCCUGGAUUACGAAGAACUUCGACGAGUUACUACGACCUACGGGCGUUUGCUCAACGACAAGCGAAUUCCCGUCCUGGGACACCCCUUCUUCCGAGCCCGAUCUCACGUGGACCCGACGAACCAAGUCGAAGAUAUUUCAACCUCCACAACCAUUGCAAAUGGCGUGAUUCGUUGGCAGACACAGACUCCAUCAACAGUGAAGAAAUACUGACAUACUAUUGUGACGACAUUCCAACUCACAAGCAACCAACCAGCGGGUAUCGAAGAGACUCAUGGGCUUCAGAUGACACUCAGAUUGAUGAUGAAGAGCAGAGCACCGCGUCUGAAUCGAUACCUGUCACACCAUCUGGGCAGGAAUACUGCGAAACAAUCUGCUCUGAUGAGUCCGGCUGGUUGGCCAAUACCACUUCUCACCAGGAGAGGAUGCGAAGGUUCAAGACUAGAUUGUACCAGGUAGUUCAACAACCUUGGACGAGCACUUUCAAGGGUGCGGGAGAAGACGAAGUGAUGAUAGCAACCGUUCUCGUCGGCCCGGGGAAGCCCAAACUUGUCCAAAUCCAAAGACCUCCUUCAAGUCAAGCAUCUCAAGAAGCAGAGAUUUCCCAAGUGGUCUACGAGGAUAUGAACAAUGGAGAGCUUGUACUUGAACAGACCAUGCCGAGCGACAUUCGUCCAAGUACACCCAUCCAAAGACCAUUGGAGAUCUCAGCAUUCAGUCCCUACGACACUCCGGGACAAGAGGACACAUCGAACCAGCAUAUCAGUAUUGACUCCUGUAUAUCCACGGCGGCGUAUGCUGGAUCUCAUGUCGAAGAUAAUUGCGGUAAAAUCUCUCCAUCUUCGGAGAAUCUUGUGCCUGCACCCUUAAGUUUUCCUUCACGAACACGGACCAGUCGUUCAGAUAGCAGUAUCUUCAGCAGUACUCUGCAACGCUUACAAGAGCUUGUAGACCCGUUCGGUGCUUCCUCGGCAUCAAUAUCUACAUCAGAAGAUUCGACGCGCAGCAGAAGGAGAUUGAAAAGGUCGAAUAGUAGUAGAGGCCACAGCCAGGUUCAGAAGCACCAGAUUCAGAAUCAUCACCGCGACUCACAAUCAUGGCCGAUUGAUGAUUUCCCCCGCCCAAACAAACAGUCUCAUCUCCACCGUCAAAACCAGCAAGACUUACACUCCCAUCGCCUCCUGAAUUCGUCAUUAGAUAUCUCACCAACUCACCGUCCCGCAACACUCACACGCCUUCGCAAACUCCAUCGCCUCAAUCGCGUGCUCACCGCCGUCACCCAAGCUAUUGAUCACUUCCCAUCGACUCCCCUCAAUCUCUCUUCACCGACGGUCUUGGAACUUCGACCCUCGAAUGUACCAGCCCAGAAGUAUGUGGACGCCCUGAAGAGGAUAUUUCCAAGUACGUCGACUACUCUGCUUGAGAGCCUGGCUGCAUGGAUACUCAUCGAUCUGUUCUUUGAAGGUGUGCGAGGAGGAUCACCAAGCUCCGAGGCACCCAACAUAAGAUCGAGGCUGAAUUCUGGCUUGAGCUUCCGUUCUACGACCCUCUCCAGCUCAAGAUCAUUCUUCAGUGGGUGUGAAUUGCACCCGCACUCCAACAUGCCGAUAAACCACUAUCACUGCCGCCGCGAAAGCAAUCCAUCUGGCACUGUGAGAAGCAACAACAACACAUCAAUCCCCAACAAAGCACAGCGAAUGCUUGGCAUAAACACGCCGGACGUGACCUCGCUGCGUCUUUCGGAACACGCGCUACAGAAACGCGCCGAAUCCGUCUCCGUCAGCGUCGCUGUCGUGGGCCAGCGCCUUGUCGAGGCCGUGCGUGGCUCCGCGGGCUGGGAUGAGGAUGUUUGGCGCGCGCUGAGGGUCUUGGUUGGUGUGAUUGGUGCGGGCGGUGCUGUGGCUGGUUGUGGGAGUGAGAUGUUGCGUGGGAGCCGGACUAGAAGGGGUCUUGGUGCUCCAUGUCUGGAUGAGUUGGGUGCCGAUGGUCACGACCAUGAUGCUUAUUCAGGCCGGGAGACGCGGGUGCGACGGAUGAGUGCGAACAUGGAGGAGCAUGAGCAUGCCGAGGUGAUGUAUCAUGAAGUGGCUUUGGAUACAGAAUACACUGGUGAAGGUGGUACUCGCACCUCUUCCACUGCUAUUGAGAAGAUCGACAUGGAAGUCGGUACGCAGAGGGUUGAGGCCGGGGGCAUAUUAGCACGUGAACAGAGGCUUAGUCCUGCAAAUGGUCAAGGUCAUGGUCAAAGGGACAGCGACCUUUGUGUGGGUGGGCUCAAUUGGUUAUGA